AUGGGCAUGGGCGUGGCUGCAACCAUCAACGACAACGUUAGCGCUAUGGCACCGUCGAAGAUGAAACCGACGAAUACUAGUACGAGCCGACGCUGGCGUUCGUCCCUGGCGUCGGGCCUCCGGGCCGCGCUGGCGUGCACCAUCGUCGGCGUUGUCUCCGUCUACGCGCCGCCCGCCCUCCAGCGCCACCUCACCUUCCCGGCUUUCUCCUACGUGGUUACCGUCAUCAUCGUCACGGACGCCACCGUCGGCACCGCCCUGCGCGCAGCGGCCAGCGCGCUCCAUGCCACCGUCAUGGGCGCCGUCCCUUCCGUGGUGGCGCUGUGGCUGGCGCACCGCAUGGGCGUCGCGGAGUCCGUGUGGGUCACGUCGGCGGUGGUGGCGCUGAGCACGUUCGCGGUGGCGCUGCCGGAGUCGCCGGGGCCAGUGGCGAAACGGAUCGCGCUGGGGCAGAUCAUCAUCAUCUACGUGGCCAAGUUCAGGCGCGGGGAGCACCCGAGCCACGAGCUGGUGCUGGAGCACCCGGCCAACGUGGUGCUGUGCACGGCGCUGGGAGUGGCGGCCGCCCUGCUGGCCGUGCUGCUCCCUUGCCCGCGGUUCGCCACGCGGGAGGUGGAGGACAAGAGCAGGGCGUACAUGGAGACCGCGGCGGAGCGGGUGAGGGUGCUCGUCGACGCGUUCCUCCUCACUGCCAACCACGACGACGAAGACAUGGACGAACAAGAAGGAGAAGCGGUAGCAGACCGUGGUAGACGGCGGCGAUGGUGCAUGGCAGCGUGCAUGUCACAAGCCCACCGCCUGGCGUCAGCGAGCGCCGCCCUCCUCCGCCGGAUAAGCUCCGUCAAGGGCGAUUUGCAGUGGGAGCGAGUGCCCGGAGUCCUGCGGCGGUGGAUACCACAGCCGCCGGUGGCAGACCACGGCCGCAUCGAGAUGCCCAUCAAAGGAAUGGAGAUCGCACUCACCAGUACCACCACCGCAACCGGCACCAAUCCUAUGAUCUGCAGCAGCAGCUGGCUGGAGCAGAUGACAGACCAAAUACGCCUCGCCAUGCUCACCACACAUCACCACAGCUGCGGUAGCAGCAGCGCCAUGACGAAGAAGAUGACCAAAUCAGCAUCAAUGUUAACUGCUAGAACGAUGACGACGUUGCCUGAGAGGCACGAGGAGCUGUCUCCUUUCCUCUUUCUCUUCUCCAUGCAUCUCCUCCAUCGUGGCACCCUGCAUUUGUCCUCCUCGCACCCGGACCAGACGACGACUGCUACCAGCUGCAAGGUAACGCCGGCAGCAGCAUCUGCAGCCCAAGAAUCAGACGACGAUGACAACGACUACUUGUCCGAAGAAGAUGAAGAAGUGCAAGGUAGCGGAUCAGAAGAAGACGAGGAACCCAGCAAGACAAGCAGCUUAGAGACGACAAAGAAGCAGGGCGAGGGGAAGAAGAAGAGCAUCUUGUCCGUACUAAGGCGGGGACUGGAAUGGGAGAGGGUGGUGACGGCGGCCAAGUGCGCCGUGUCGCUGGGGCUUGCCGUCCUUCUGGGCCUCAUCUUCAACAACGACCACGGAUUCUGGUCGGGUCUCAUCGUCGCCACCACCAUGACGGCCGGCCGCGACUCCACAUGGGCCGUGGCCAUCGCGCGCGCACACGGCACCGCCAUCGGCUCCGUCUACGGCGUGCUGGGCUGCCUCCUCUCGCAGCAGCCGCACCUCAUGGAGCUCCGCUUCCUGGCACUCCUUCCCUGGAUCGUCCUCUCCACCUUCCUCAAGCGCAGCCGCGCGUACGGCCCCGCAGGUGGCAUCGCGGCAGCGCUGUCGGGCAUCAUCAUCGUCGGAAGGCGGUACGACGAGGUGCCCAUGACAUUCACCAUCACCCGGCUGGUGGAGACCUUCAUCGGGCUAUCCUGCACCGUCGCCACGGACCUCGUGUUCCAGCGUAAGGCCAGGCCGACCGCCAGGGCCAGGGCACAGCUCCACCGCUGCAUCGCCAUGCUGCAGGAGUGCGUCGAUGGACUUGCAUCAACGUCGUCAGCGAACCAGCAGCUCAAGAUGUUGCUGGAGCAGGUGGCGGUGUUGAAGAAGUACGCAGCAGAGGCUGCUAGCGAACCGAAUUUUCUGUGGCUUGCGCCAUUCCCAGCGAGCUGCUACGACAAGGUCCAUGCCAACUUGAGCAGGAUGACGCAACUGAUAGGGCUGUACCAGCACGCACGAGCCAUCGUCGUCGACACCACCGGCAGCAGCCAGGUGCUAGGCUCCAACAUGAAGCGCUUCCACAGCCUCCUCUCCGCAUCCCUGGAGGCACUGCUGGAGGACAACGAAGCCGACCUCGAGGCUGGCAAAGGGAUCUUCUGCCAGGACAUGGUGGUGGUCAAGUCCUUCCUUGGCCAUGCAAGGGAGGCAUUAUCACAGCAGCAACAUGGGGAAGAAGAAGAGCAAUUAGCUGCUGUUUGCUUGGGUUCCAUUGGAUUCUGUAUGGGAGAGAUGAUGAAGGAGGCACAGCAACUGGAGUCUCACAUGCUGGACCUCAGCCUCCAACCUAGUCGCUGAUG